AUGCCUGCAGGCGCUAUAAUGGGGGCGGCGCUGAUCCUUCUACUAGGCCAGACAGACCAGGAUUUCUUAUUCAUGUUCCAAAUCACCGUCAAUUCCCUGAAGCUGUCGGAGCUUCCAGAUGAAACUGUUAUCGUUGAGUCCGCAAAAGCCCUGAUAGAGAGUACAACAGUCUGGAAACGGGGGAAAACGUAUUCAGACGGGAAAGUCCAGACUUUCUAUCGCUCAAAGGAAGGACUCGAUGGUGCAAACUGGUAUGGCCGAGUGAGCGAACACAGCAGAUCGGAAGGAACCUUCGACGAAUUCUGGGGCAAACUCGCUAUCGACAAGAUUGCAAAUGAGAAGCAAUACAGCCAAGGCAUCGACGUAGUAACGCGGCUGCAGGACAUCUCACUAUCAACAACUCUGUGGUCAAUGUACUCAAUCCUUCCGAAGCCUGCGGCUGCCCGUGUCUUCACUUCAUUACAAAUUUCACGCUUGGAGGGGGAUGGGUUGCGAAUAGGUUAUGUUGUCAUGCUCCCGGUCGACCUUUCCGACGAGCCAGAGCUCUCCGAACGAGAGCAAAAGGGCGCCGUUCAAGGGCGGUGCGCAAAAGUAGAGCGAAUCAUGGAACUCCCCAACGGCAACGUCGAAUGGAGAUGCGCUUGCUCUCUAACGGUCGGGGGCAACAUUCCGGCGUUUGUGGUCGAAAGGAUGCUUCCCGGCAGCGCAGCGCAGGGCGUGCAGGACCUCGUGAAAUACCUCGCUGCUGAGCGAGAAGCUGAUGCCGCGACAUGA